CCACAGCCGCACCACCUCCAGCUGGGCUAAAGUGUCCGGGCUCUCCCAGAACCUGGCGGACGGGUUGCUGUCUUUCUUCCGAUGCACGGUGGCCCCGGAGCUGGUCUGGCUCGUCCCGGGAACGCCGAGGCCCUCAGGAUCCAAUGGGUGUCCAGGGUCUAACCACCUUUGUGGAGGGGAACACGCACCUCCUCCAAGACGUGAAGUUUAGGGACAGCAGCCUGGUUAUUGAUGGCUCCAGUCUGUACUACCGCCUUUACUUCACCUCCUCCUUGGACCAGCAACACGGUGGUGACUAUGAUGCCUUCGCUCGCAGAGUUAUCAAUUUCCUCUCGGCGUUGGCAGCCUGCAACAUCCGGCCCUAUGUGGUACUUGAUGGAGGUAUGGAUCCCAGUGACAAGAAGUUUUCCACUCUACGACAACGCCUACAGUCCAAGAUAAGGGAGGCAGAUAAUCUCUCUCAUGGCCGCAAUGGCUCCCUUCUCCCCAUCCUCACAAAAAACGUCUUCAUUCAGGUCCUCAUUCAAAGAAGAAUCCCACUAGUCCAGUGUCCAGCUGAGGCUGACAGGGAGAUCGCAUGUUUGGCUCAUCACUGGAAAUGUCCAGUUCUUGCCAACGACAGUGACUUUUACAUCUUUGACCUACCAGGUGGUUACCUACCGCUCAGUUCUUUCCAGUGGACCAACCUUAACGGUAAAGCCCCUGAUCGCUACAUCUCAGCUCGGUGCUAUACCACUAACGGCCUUUGUCGCUGGUUUGGAAGCCUGAACCAGGAGUUGCUACCCUUGUGUGCCGUCUUGACUGGAAAUGACUAUGGCACUCCAAAAGAGGCUGAAACACUUCUUGCUAUCUUAGAUGUGAAUGCAUUAGUGAGGGGUGGUGGCAAGGGUAAAGGUAGAGCAACCAACUCCCGCAUCGAGGGCCUCCUCCUCUGGCUUUCUUCUUUUUCAACCCCGGAGGAAGCCCUGAAGGAGGUGAACAGGUUAAUGGGGGAAGGAAGCGGAAGGGGCAACAGAGGACAGAGAGGUGGGUUGAGUUCACACCUGCGGGCAGGUAUGGAGGAGUACCACAUCACCCCUCAAAGCUCUUUAGCUCACUGGUUCUCUGGAAAUAAGGCAGCUCUAGGAGGGCAGAUCUCUCAGCUCGCAAAGCUGCCAGAAUGGCUUACCCAUGCUGCAGCCAGGGGGCUGUUGAACGCCUUGGCAGUAGAUGCUCUGGUGAUGCACAGGGUUCUGCUGAUCCCCCAGGUGGAGAACAGUAAACUGUCCAGCAGCCACUCUACUGCAAGAGCUAUACGUCAGGCUAUAUAUGGCAUUCUACAGCAAAGAGGCCCUGUUAAUGUAUCUCAGGCUAGAGGUGGCAGCGUGCAGUUACCAAAGGGCCGGGGAGGUGCUGUUAAAGCACAGGAUAUGAGGGAGCAAGAAAACAUGAGCCAGGGUAUGAGAGGUGGGAAAGGGCGAGGGGGAAGAGGAAGGGGAGGUAGUAACGGAAGUAGAGAUAUGGCUCAGGGUGUAAUUUUACACACACAGCAGGGUGUAAAUGUGGGAAUUAAUAUUGAACAAGCUGCUGGUGGAGCUACAAUGCAUGCCCAGGGCUCCACCGCCCCAAUUUGUGUGGACGAGUAUGACCGUCUGGAUCUGAACUUAAGGAAAAACCAAGUGGAGGCACAUCCACCCAGAACCCAAAUUUGUCUGGAUACACUUGACCAGGUUCCCGUGGCGGUUCGUCUUUGUGUCCUGUUAGAAGUCUUGGGGGUUAAAGAGUCUGCGCUGGGUGCCGUUCCUCUCCACCUGAGGCUCGCUGUAGCAGUGACAGGCUUCUGGCUGCGAGAGGCCACACCACCGCCCUUACAGCAUGCGCUUCAGGCUUUGGUGCUGUGCAUGGUUCAUGGAGAAGUGUCCCGCAACAACCAGCCUGGUGCUUCCCAUCACCAAAAUGCUGUCCAACAGCAAAACUGGGCUGCAGAGCACAGCGUGUGCGCAGCGCUGGACCGACAACGUGCAAGACCAGGGGAGAGACGGGGCUUGGACAUUGGAGCAGCUCACAUUUUCAGCCAGUGGCAGGCCUGCCUCUGGAGUGCCAUGUGUCUCAACCAGCUUCUGCUGCUGCCGCUGCCUGAACCCUACCUGUCAUGGUUGUUCAGUGGUACCUUGCUGCACGGCCUCUUCAGGUAUGUAAAAGGGGGAGGAGCAGCUGAGUCUCUCGUUGCUGGGGGAACCUUUUCUGGACAACUUUACUUCUCCCUCCUGGAUGCUGUGAGGAAAUGCAGCUCCAAAGCCAAUCCCUCUUCAGCGGCAGGGAGGGGGAAGAGAGGCAGAGGCCGAGUGAGGAGAGGACGACGGGGAGGUGGGAGAGGAGCACGCGGAGGCGGGCAAGAGACAGAGGAGAUGAUCAACAGGUUUGCUCUCCUGAUGGAAGACGAUGACUCUGAUUAUGAUUGAUGAGGAGGCAGAUAUAAAAUAUUCUGAUCGAUACAAAGCUCGAGGAAAGGACAUUCCAGUGGUUUAUAAAAAACGUGCUCAGGGAAUGCUAGGAGUGGUCAUUUUCCAGUGAAGGUCAACACCUCUUCAUGUUUAUCACUGCGCUUCAACCUCUAUAACCAUGUUGCACUAAUUAAGCCUCUACUUGCAUUUAAUCUUCAAUUUUCUGUUGCCAUCUCAAAUCAUGUGAUGCCAAGACAUACGUAUCAGAAUGUCUUUGUUUUUCCAAAGCACAACCAUAUUUUAGCAAACUUUUUUAUCAAAAUGUCACAGUAAGUAAUCAAUCUGUUUUCAACCUGACAGUUUUAUUCACCUUUGUCAAUACUUAAAGUUAAAUCCAUUAUUGGUGUAUGGCAGCUAAUGUCAUGUUAAUGAGUAACAUCUGAAAUGUUAUGCCAUUUUAUCACUGAUGUCUUAAUAUGUAAAUGAAUGAAUUUGGACCAUUGUUUUUAAAAU